GGCAGAUCUCAGGAUCCUCAAGGCUUUCCAUAGUUCCAGAAGAGAGGGUAGGAGCUCUUUCUGCUACGUAUCACUUCAAAGUAUAGAAAGGCAAUGAAAAUGAAAAGUGUUUAUUUUGUUGCUGGGCUCCUUUUAAUGAUAGUUCAAGGCAGCUGGCAAAAUCCUCUUCAGGAUACAGAGGAGAAAUCAAGAUCAUUCAAAGCUUCCCAGUCUGAACCAUUAGAUGAAUCUAGACAGCUGAAUGAAGUGAAACGUCACUCACAAGGCACGUUCACCAGUGAUUACAGCAAGUACUUGGACACUAGACGAGCUCAGGACUUUGUGCAAUGGUUAAUGAGCACUAAAAGAAAUGGCCAACAAGGACAGGAGGACAAAGAAAAUGACAAAUUCCCAGACCAGCUCUCAAGCAAUGCGAUAUCCAAGCGUCAUGCUGAAUUCGAGAGACAUGCUGAAGGCACCUAUACCAGCGAUAUCACCUCUUAUUUGGAAGGUCAAGCUGCCAAAGAGUUCAUUGCUUGGUUAGUGAAUGGACGAGGAAGAAGAGAUUUCCCAGAAAAAGCUCUUGUGGCCGAAGAAAUGGACCGAAGACAUGCAGAUGGCACUUUCACAAGUGAUAUCAACAAAGUCCUGGAUGACAUGGCUGCCAAAGAAUUCCUAAAAUGGCUGAUUAACACAAAAGUUACCCAAAGGGACCUUUUGGAAGAAUAUCAGUAAAAAUGCAGAAUAAAAAUGGGAUAAAUGAAGAUCUUCAUUGCAUCAACUGCCAGUUAUUAGAAGAUUCUGAAAUCUGUAUUCUGUCAUUUACAUUGGGUGUAACAAAGCUCUGUCACCUUGCAUGCCAGGAAAUAAUUGUAAUACAGUUUAGUGUUGCCAAAGGUUUAUAUAUGGAAAACCUAUUGUCUAAGGGAUAAUCUUAACAGCUUUAAGACUAUGAAAGUUCCAUAUCUUCAUAUUUUCCAUUUAUUUGGACUGAAGUAACUCCAUUUAUAUUUAAUGAUAAAAUUAUUUUUCUAAAAUGUUGACUUCUACACACAAAGAAUUCAAUCACCAGUUAUACAUGUUAUUUGUAAGGGGCUGGCAGUUACAAAUGCCUGAGAAGUGAAUAUCCCUCUUAAAACCUUUGUUAUAAAAAGGCUAAGCUUUAAGGAUAUUAAAUGAUAGCCUUAAAUAAAUUUUUUCAAGCUUC